AUGUAUCACAAAAAACCACAGCGCCGAAUCGGCAAGCGACGCGUCAAAGGCCCCAAAGGUAUGACCGUCAACACGGUUGAGAUGGCUACGUCUCGCUCCGGAUCUCUGUCGCGCGCUCAGACAGAAACGCCGUCUCGGACGCCUACGCCGACGGAAAUCUCUCACGACCUUGGCUUGCGAGAACUCGAAGAACGCGCCAAGGAUGUGCGCGAGUCUUGCUGGACACAUGACUCUCUCUUUGAAGACGCCGUCGACGGCAUCCCCUCAGACACCAAAUUCGCCGCCGACGAUCCCGACGCCUGUUCGCCAGCCGAGGCCUACCACCUUCGCCAGCUGCUGCGGACCAUCGGCCCCCGCGAGUUCUGCCUGCGCACAGUCGACUCUGGUCGCUAUACGGCGAAACGCCUGCUCACGGCCUUUAACAUCCGUGCCCCGGCUUUUCUUGACGGCGCCCCCGAGGAGGCCUACACGAGCAUGCUGACGCUGGCCUUUAGCCGUGAGCUGGCCAAGCGCGCCAAGCUGCCGUCGCACAACUCGCUCGACGACGCCGUCGCCCUGUUGACCCGCUCCCGCAACAUCAUGGUCAUCACGGGCGCCGGCAUCUCAACAUCGCUCGGCAUCCCCGACUUCCGUUCCAAGAAGACGGGACUCUACGCCCAGCUGGAGCACAUGGGCCUCGCCGUGCACGACCCGCAAGAGGUCUUUGACAUUAACGUGUUCCGCGACGACCCCACCAUCUUCUACACAGUCGCCAAGGACAUCAUUGUGAACACGGACCGCUACUCGCCGACGCAUGCCUUCAUCGCCAUGCUGGACCGCAUGGGCAAGCUGCUCACCAACUACACGCAAAACAUUGACAACGUCGAGGCCCGUGCCGGCAUCAACCCGGAUCGCAUCAUCCAGUGCCACGGCUCCUUCGCCACAGCCUCGUGCCUCGAGUGCGGCUACAACUGCCCCGGCGAGGACAUCUUCCCCGCCAUCCACGCCAAGCAGAUCCCGCGGUGCCCCAAGUGCGUCGCCCAGCUGCAGGCCGAGCGCGAGCAGCAGCAGCAACGUCGCCGCCGCCCGGGACGCCCCCCGAAGCGCGGCAACGCCGCCAAGCGACCCUACGGGCCGGGCGGGCCCCCCGGCCAAAAAAAACCC